AUGAAGUAUCGGGAGCUGGCUUGCUUGGUUCACCAGACCUUCGACCAUGUGGAGAGAGAUCAGCCGCAGGUCCUAGAGGCCAUCCUGCGCCAGUAUGCCGAGUGCGUGGACGACUGCAUCUACCGCUGGGCGCGGGAGAUCCACAACAUGCACGACAUGGUGACUGGAGAAGCGACCUCCGAGGAUGCCCUGCACCCAGAGGAUGCCAUUCUCCGAGUACUCUACAACGAACGGCGCCAGAUGGCGGAGAGCGUGCUGCACUCCACCAAGGGCACGCUACAAAGCGCUGCGGACAUGCACUUCGAGAGCCACUUCUAUGCCAGCGUCCACUUUGGCCUGGCAGAGCAGCUCACAGCGCGCCAGGACCCGCACCGGUUGACCUACGUGAGCCUCGAUAGCGGCGUGCGGGCCGAUAAGCUUAAGGGGCAGCUCUUGGCUGCCUACACGCCCGCCCGGAUCUGCGCCGUCCUCCGCCGGGAGGUUUUGGAGUCCAAGGCUUUGGGGACGCAGGCCCUUCGCGAGAGCCUGGUGGAUUGGCUCAAAGCACAGGUACCUCCCGGCUUCCGCCCCGGCGCGCCCGAGGCUGAGCGAAGGGAGACGUGGCUCUACAGCUACUGCCACGAUGAGGAGGGUCGAAUGACUGAUGAGGCGCUGAGGUACAUGCUCUGCCGCAUGCACAUCCUCUCUCCUGACAGUCUGGUUUGCUCCGCAGCUGGGCACUCCCGGGAGCAACUGACCCUUCAUCCGCCCACGACGCAUCAGAACCAAACCCGGGCAAGCGCAUCCGCGGCAUCGCAGCUUGGCGACCGAAGCUGGUGUACUGUGUCUUGA